GUAUCUUUCUUAUUCUUUCGUUACGUGGGGUUGCGUUGUCUGAAGAUCAAUACAACCAAACAAAGCAAACCAACAAAAGUAAGAAAUUCAACAGGUUUCAAUUCGUUCUUGUGGUUCACGGCGGACACGGCGGACGUCGGCGGCGGAGAUGGAUCUGAGUAGGCGGACGAGGACUUGGCCGUGCCUUGCUGCGGCUGUUUUCAUGGCGGCGAUCCAAUUCGCCUCGGCGAACUUCGUGUUCGAGGUGCAGCACAAGUUCGCCGGCAGGGAGAAGAAGUUGGCCGACCUCAAAGCACAUGACGGUCGCCGUCACGCUCGAAUCCUCACGGCCUUUGACCUCCCUCUCGGCGGCGACAGCCGCGCUGAUUCCGCCGGACUGUACUUCACUAAAAUCAAGCUCGGGACGCCGCCCAAGGAGUAUUAUGUUCAAGUGGAUACAGGAAGUGAUUUACUGUGGGUCAACUGCGCCCCCUGUUCCAAAUGUCCAUUGAAAACAGAUUUGGGUAUACCGUUGUCAUUGUAUGAUUCAAAAGCUUCCUCAACAUCUAAGAAGGUUGGCUGUGAAGACGAUUUUUGUGCUUUUAUUAGGCAAUCAGACAGUUGCCAAUCUAAUGUGGCAUGUAGUUAUCAUGUCGUUUAUGGGGACGGUAGCACAAGUGAUGGAGAUUUUAUGAGGGACAAUUUAACACUGGAUCAAGUGACUGGAAAUUUGCAAACUACACCUUUGGCAAACCAAGUGGUAUUCGGGUGCGGGAGUAAUCAGUCUGGGCAGCUUGGGCAGACAGAUUCAGCUGUUGAUGGCAUAAUGGGUUUUGGACAAUCCAAUACCUCUGUCAUUUCCCAACUAUCUUCUGCUGGGGUUGUGAAAAGAAUUUUUUCACAUUGCUUGGACAAUGUCAACGGAGGUGGGAUUUUCGCCAUUGGGGAAGUGGAAUCUCCUAAACUGACCACAACUCCUAUGGUACCUAAUCAGAUGCACUACAAUGUUAAUUUGAAGGGAAUAGAUGUUGACGGUAGUGCCGUUGACCUUCCAUCAAGUCUCUCUAGUUUUGGUGGAAAUGGAGGAACUAUAAUUGACAGUGGUACAACUUUAGCAUACCUUCCGCAGUCUCUUUUCGAGUCACUAAUGACUAAGAUUCUUGCUCGACAACCCGGACUUAAACUACACAUCGUGCAGGAAACUUUUAACUGUUUCCGUUUCACGUCAAACCCAGAUGAAGGGUUCCCGCCUGUCAAUUUUCAUUUCGAGGACUCGCUCAAACUGAUUGUUUAUGCCCACGAUUAUAUUUUCUCGCUUCGUGAAGAUAUGUACUGCUUCGGUUGGCAGUCCGGUGGAAUGCAGACUCAGGACGGUUCUGAUGUAAUCCUCUUAGGAGAUUUGGUGCUUUCGAACAAGUUAGUAACAUACGACCUUGAGAACGAGGUCAUUGGAUGGACAGAAUACAACUGUUCAUCGAGCAUCAAAGUGAAAGAUGGUUCAGGGUCUCACUCCGUUGGAGCACAUGACCUCUCCCCGUCUUCCUCUUCUUGGACGGUGCCGAAGCUUCUAACGUUUUUGUCGACAAUGCUAAUUGUCAUGUCGAAUUUUUUGGCAUUGUAGCUCUGUCUCAAGUAAAGAACAUCGAACUCGAUUGUAUUAUUCGUUUUAUUCUUGCGGUUUUUAUACACUUUGGUUACAUUUUGCAUAGAAAAAAAAAAUUGGCACCAUUAUUUCA